AUGAAAUUCUGAUACAUUUCUAAAAGAGAUCAGUCGUGAAGAGCAUACUACACAUCUCUCUCCAGCUGCUAAAGUCUUGGUUUCCAACAGUAUCAUAGUUAGUGAUAGUUCUUUAUUGGGUGAGGUGAACUUUCAAGAAAUGCUGCUGCCGGCACAGAUUUCUUCUACAAUUUUGAUAUUAAUGUUACUGCAUGUCAAUGCUGAGGCACCUCCUGGCUAUAUAAAGAAUGAAGAUUCAGCAGCAAAAAAUCCUCCAAAAUACGAAUAUGGAUACAACAUUCAAGAUGAGAAAGGCUCAUCUCAUGGUAAACUAGAAACUAGAGAUGGAAUUUAUGCACUUGGAAGAUACUAUGUACAAAACAGUGAUUCUUCUCAAAACGUUCAGUACUAUGCUGAUGAUUGGGGUUAUCAUCCCUUUAUUGAAUAUAGUAAUGUGGGACCACACAGUCGUACAAAAACACAGUUAUUGCUAGGUGUCGAAGCUGUUAAAGCUUUAGCGUCAAAUAAAUUUACUCCAAACUCUCUACCUGCUAAACAACACGUAACAGAUAUUAUCAACAGCAAAAUUAACAACAGAGAUGGAAAACAAGCAGGACAGCCUCAAUUAGUUGUUGCACAACAAAACCAUCAGACAUUAGUUGAAGUACAACAGCCCCAAGAAGUUGUGAACGAGCAACCCCAACAAAUUGUCGUAGAACAUCAACCUCAAAAUCAGCAAAUUAUAGUCGAACGCCCACAACACAUUUUACUAGAUGAGCAACAACAACAACAACAACAGAUAUCAGAACAACAACAACAACAACAGAUAUCAGAACAACAACAACAACAACAGAUAUCAGAACAACCGCAACAAACACCUGUAGACGACUCGAUUACAGUUGAAGCAAUAAGUAAUCGGCAAGCACAACUUCAAGAACAACCUCAGUUGAAUCACGUACUAACACAACAAGAAAUUUCCUUUCAACAGUCCAAUUUUAAUCAACCGAAAUCUGAGCCCCAAAUUGAAGAAAUACAAAUUCGAGAAGGUAUUUCACAUCAGCAAAUACCCGUACCUCAAGCACAAAGUCUUCCAAAAGAAAAUGAUAAACAAAUUCAAGAUAAUUUAGUAUUUGGUGGAAAUUAUCAGCAGUCUCAUUCAAACUUGGGUGGUUUUGGUUCUCAGCAUAAUCUUUUAGGCCGAAGACCACCAAAUAACAUUAACAGACAGUUGCAGCAAACUUCAGGCAGACUUAUUGAAACUACAAAAAAUCUCGUGUCGGGACAAGAUGUUUUAAAUAUUAACAGUGCAAUCGAUCAAAGCGUGGAAACAAGUGUUGAAAGUAGUACUGUUAAUUCACCUUUCGAGAGUGCAAGUUUACUGCAAGAACCGAUUGUAGUUGCAGAUGAUUUAGAACAAGUCAAAGAAAAUGUAUUUUCAACAACAUCCAGUACUAUUGAAACAAUAUCGACAAAAUCUUUUGGUGUAACAGAACCGUCAACACUUUUGGUCACUCCUCGACCAGUUAGUACCAAUUUUUUGGCGCCCAUCACAGCAGGAAUUCAACUUACAAACAUUAAAAACACGGAUUGUAACCAAGAUUCCGAAAGCAGCCAGAAAAUUGAAUCCACUGCUCGAAAAGAAAAUUAUGUUGUUGAAAUUCAAAAAAGCCUUCCAUAUUAUUUAGGUAAAUACGAAUAUGGAUCAAGUGCUGUUGAAGGAGACACACAAAGUCAGUCUGGAAAUUUAGAAGGGAUAGCAGUUGAAAACAUCGAAUUGGGUAAAACGCUUCUAGCAUUGCCUGGACAGCCAACUUUAAAUCAGAAUAAUUUGCAACAACAACAACAACUUCCGCAAGUGUCGAUAAAAGAAAACUUUGUCGAUCAGCAACAAGCGCAAGGCAAUCAUCAGGUGAAAGUUGUAACGGUACCAGUUAUUCAAACGAAAAUUGUCGAGAAACCCGUUCAAGUUACAAAGUACAUUCAAACACCAUAUCCGGUUCCUGUGGAAAUAAGAGUACCAAUCGAAAAGCAUAUUCCUGUGACCGUUGAAAAAAUUGUCGAAAAAAAAGUUCACGUGCCUCAACCGUAUCCAGUUGAAAAAAUUGUGGAAAAACAUGUACCUGUUGAAGUAACAAGAUUUAUUGACAGACCAUAUCCUGUACAAGUUCCAGUAGCAACACCUGUACCAUAUCCAGUUGAUCGGGUCGUUGAAAAAAUUGUAAAACAACCAUAUCCAGUGGAAGUGCGUGUUCCAGUUCCCGUAGAAAAAAUUGUCGAAAAAAAAGUUUCAGUUCCAGUUGAUCGUAUAGUUGAGAAACCUGUACCACAAUUUAUAGACAGACCCGUGCAAGUGCAAGUUCCAGUACCCGUUGCCCAAAUUUACACUUUACAACUAUCAAAAGCUUUGCCCCCAAUUUUAAAACCACCACAACAGACACAAUCGUCUCAGAAAAUUUCAGUGACUCUUAGAAAUCUGAACAAUUAUCGACAACAAAAUCAGCCUUUAUUCGUGCAAGUACCAAACAACAAUAAUAACGGUUAUUUGCCACCACACAACUGCGAUCAACACAGCAGUUACAGCAGCAAUACAAAUUCGUAUUACACCAUACAAGCAGAUGACUAUAUUGGUCUUUUGCCACCAAGAUUACAAGACGAUGAGGGUCCCACAAAAUUUAGAAAUCCACGCUCGAAUUUUAACUCAAAUCUAAGAUUGGAAUACGGUUUCAUGCCACCUCUAAGGCCUUCGCAAGAAAUCGACGAACACGGAAACCCGAUUACCAGGGAGAAACCAUAAUGAUGAGAAAAUAUUUUCAUUAGUGAUAUUUUCAAAUGCCAGACAUAAAGGCAUUUUAAAACUAAUAAGUCACUUCAUUUUAGGGAAGGUUUUAUUGCUUUUGGUUACCUACCGUAUUUAGGAUGUUCCUCAGGGUUCUCCAUAAGCGCUACAUUUUGUUUAACUAUAAUUCAAGUGUCAUGUCAUCUGCCAUUUUUACUGUUAAGUUUCAUUAUUAUCUAUUAUAUUUAUUUAUAUCAAAUAUUUAAUUUUAAUUCAACUCAUGAAUAAUCUUGUGAAUACUUAGGUUGUGUAUGUAAAUAAAUAAACAAAAAUAAGAAA